CCGGCCGGAAGGAUGGAGGCCUCGGGCAUGGCUGCCCUCAUGUCAACCCUCCUCGGCCUGCUGCUCCUCCUCGCCUCAGAUGGAGAGAAUCUGGCAGCUCCUCGAGAUGUCCAAAUCUACAUCGUCGAUAGUGCCUUUAUCCUUCAAUGGAGCGUAGGCAACGGAUCCAUUACCAACGUGACUUUUUCAGCAUAUUACCAAGAGUCGAUUGGAGAGGACAUUUGGAAGCCAUUACCGGGAUGCCAGAAUGUCAUCGAAACAAAUUGUGACUUUUCCUCCAAUGAGCUUGUUUUUCAAGAACUCGAUGUUCGCGUCCGAGCCGAAAUGGGGACAGACGCUUCUCCCUGGUCUAAGGUUAUUCGGUUUGUUCCAUUUCUCGUAGAAGUCGAGUUGGAAUCUAAGGACGGGACAGUACUCAUCAGUGUUUCUCCAAAAAGUGGUCAGACCUUCUGGGAAAAUGAAAUCUUAAGUUUUACCUAUGAGUUGAUUAUCUGGAAGAACUCUUCAAGUGAGGAAAAAACCAGUCUACGUAUUCAUCCCAGAGAUGAAAUUCAUAAUCUGGCACCAGAGACCACGUACUGUUUGAAAGUAAGAAUGUUGCUGAAAAAAAAAAUCAGUUUCUUCAGCCCAGUGUUUUGUGUAAAUACUACAGUUGAAAUGCCUCGUCCGAGAAACUUAGAUAUUUCCGCCAUAAACACGAACUACGUCCUUAAGUGGGAUUACCCGGAUGAUGACGCGAGCUUUCGUGUUCAGUGGCUCUUUGGUUUUUACAAGAAAUAUCCGAAGGACUACUCGAAUAAAUGGAAGACGGUAUCUAGUUGUGACAACAUUAGAGCAACGACGUGUGACUUCUCAACAGAAAUUUCCGAAACAGGGAUUUACUAUCUCCGGGUACAAGCGGUAUAUGGAGAAAAUUCAUCACUUUGGUCCCAGGAAAGAAAAUUUAAUCCUUCUGUGGAAGCUAAACUAGGCCCUCCAAGCAUAAAGGUGGAAUCCCAUGAUACUUCUACACUCCACGUCUACAUCGCUGACCCAGGGGAAGCUGAGAACAAGAGUAUGAGUAAAUAUCAUUCCUUAAUUUAUGAAGUUAUCCUCAUGGACAACUCCUCAAAACUUGAGAAGAAAAUGGUAGAAACCGAGAAGUCAUUUAGAGUGCCAAAUUUGAAACCCCUCACUGAGUACUGUUUCAAAGCAAAAGCCUAUAUUAAGGAUGACAAACGCAACAAGAGCAGUAAUUUUAGUAGUGUUGUUUGUGCCGAAACAAAACCAGAAAGAAAAUCCUUCCUCCUGAUUACUUUACUUGUAUCUGCAGCCAUAUUUUUCUUAAUUGUAGUCCCCGUUGCCUUCUCUGGUGUAAUAUUCUUAUGGCGAUGUAUCAAGUAUGUGUUCUACCCAUCUUGCAAACCCCCUUCAAAUUUAGGGGAGCUAUCUCCGAUGUUUUCUCUUCUCCAUGUCUUGAUCAGAGUCUCUACGACCAACAGUUGAAAAGCCUAUUCCUCAUCACCUCGGAGGAACAGACGGAGAGUUGUUAUAUCAUCGAAAACGCCAACACCCCCAAUCCUGAAGAAGCGAACG